AUGUCUUUAAUAAAUGUCCAUCCUCCUAAAACGUAUUUCGGUGCGGAAGACAUUCAAAAGUCAUUGGGUUCUCUUCCUGGAUUCCUAUGGGCAAAAUAUCCCGCAGAAAAACAUCUCCCAGGGCACAAUUAUACAGGUCCAGGCACGAGAUUAGAUCUGCGUUUAGACGAAAAUGAUAAUCCCAAACCAGGGGAAGAACCCGUUAAUAAAGUUGACGCAGCAGCGCUCAAACACGACAUACUGUACAGAAACAAAGACAUAACAUUCAGACACCAAGCAGACAAACAAAUGAUAGACGAACUUGAAAAUAUUCCCAAUCCCACUUUCAAAGAGAAAUUACAAAGGUCUCUUAUCAUAAGACUCUUGAAGGCAAAAUUGAAAUUGGGGAAAAUAAUUUUACGUAAAGACAAUUUUAUCGAAAUAAAUAGAUCGAGAGUUGGUAGAGGAGGAACUGAUCUACUUAAAAAGAUAAAUGAAUACAAAGGUGAAAAUUGUUACAUACCUACAGAUGGUCACUGUUUUAUCAAAUGCGUCAAUCGUGUUUUGAACAAAGAUUUAACGUAUACAUUUCAAGAAUACAUCAACGGGUUUUCAAAAGCAAAUAGAAAAGGAGUAAUGACUUGUGCUAGAAUGAAGGAACUCAAUAAGACAUUUAACACUUCGUUUCAAAAAUAUAAUCCCAAAAACAGACAUUUACAUCCCAGAGACGUUCACGAUGAAUUAGAUUGGGUUUUUUACUGA